AUGUCCUUGAUCAGUCUUAGAGAGUCAUCAGAAGAACUUCAGGCCAAAAAGGACCAACUCCGAGAUGCGAAGCAGCAGAUUCAGAACCUCACUGCAAAGAACAAGAUGCUGCAACAGGAGCUAGAAGGAAAAGCGACUCCUGGCAGUAGAGUUACAGCAAAACGAUUUCUUCUCGAGAGCCCAGCCCCUGUCCUUAUAAAAAAGCCUUGCCUGGAUGGAGCCAUCUACCUGGAUGAUGAGGCCAUCUUGCCUGUCACUCCUGAUGAAGAGAACUUCACUCAGAGGAAAAACAUCGCCAGACUGAACAGGGAAAAAAAAGAGUUUGAUUGGAAACCAGUCAAAACCACUUCAGUUGCAGAGACAGUGAAGAAGGACCUGCGGGAUAUCGGGAACUUUGACCUCAGUCCCUUUCCACAUCAUCAGAUGGGAGGCAAGACUAUCAGGGAGACCAACCACAGAUUCGGGGCCGUCAACAAAGGAUACAAUGGUAUGGGAGGCCAUGAGAAGAUAGUCAACCUUCAACCCAGAAUAGGAAAGCCGCUGCCCAAGAAGUCCAAGUUUGUCAGCAGAAGCCGCUCGGCAGUGAUGGCCAGGGACCCUGCCCUCCCUACUCUGGAUGACUUCAUCACAUCCUGA